UUGAACAGCGAGAGCGAGCAGAGCGUCAGUACCAGACCGAACGCAGCACGGAUCAGUGCCAGAGAGAGACGGAGGAACGAUUCUGUCGCUACAUGCCGCCGCUACCGUACGGAACAUUAUAACCUAGCGGAAAACGGUCAACUCUAUCGGUUUCUUUAUACAGGACGGAAUUUAAACGAUGUACCGUUCCGGAGGCGUGAUGCUGGGGCUUCUCGCCGCUCUGCAGGUGGCGGUCCAGGGCACUGGGGCGAUGCCAUGUCAGCCUGGUUUCACCGAGAACGAGUACAACGUCAUGACCGCCGACGUCAUCACCGAGGGACAAGUUCUGCUCAAAGUGGAUUUUGUGGACUGUGGCAGAGGUUCUGGCCUGCGCUUUGAGAGUGGCGACCCUGCAGAUUUCCGGAUAGACACUGAUGGGACAGUUAUGGCAGCACGGACACUUCAGCUCACCGACAGAAAGGGGCAGAGCUUGGAGAUUAAAGCUAAGGAUGAGAAUUCUCAAGAGCAGUGGAUGGUACACAUCAACUUCACUCAGCCCAAACAGGUGCCAGUGAUACUGUUUCCUCGGCACAGUGUGCUUGUCAAGGGCGACGACAGUGUGAAUCGCGUGAAAAGAGACUGGGUCAUUCCUCCUGUCAACGUGCUGGAGAACUCCAGAAAACAAUUCCCCGAAGAGCUCGUGAAAAUCCAGUCUGAUAAGGACAAGAGCAACACACUGCGCUAUAGCGUGACCGGUCCAGGAGCCGACCAAAACCCCACUGGCCUGUUUAUCAUCGACCCCAUUUCAGGACUUCUGUCCGUCACCAAACCACUGGACAGAGAACACAUUCCCAACUUUCAUCUACGUGCUCACGCCGUGGACAUCAAUGGAAACCAGAUGGAGAAUCCCAUUGACAUCAUCAUCAAUGUCAUCGAUAUGAAUGACAACCGGCCAGAGUUCACACACCAGAUCUGGAAUGGAACCGUUGAUGAGGGCGCCAAACCAGGAACAUUCGUAAUGACGGUGACCUCCCAGGAUAAGGAUGACCCAAAUACCGCCAACGGGAUGCUGAGAUACAAAAUCCUCUCACAGACCCCAGAGAGCCCCUCAUCCAACAUGUUCACUAUCAACAACAAAACCGGCAAAAUCAUCACAGUAGCUGCAGGCCUGGACCGUGAGAAGGUGCCUCAGUACACCCUGAUCAUCCAGGCCACCGAUAUGGAAGGAAACCCCACGUAUGGUCUGUCCAACACGGCUACUGCUGUCAUACGCCUGCUGGAUGUCAAUGACAACGCUCCCGAGUUCACCCGAGAGACUUUCCAUGGUGAGGUCCCAGAGAACCGUGUGAACGUGAUAGUGACCAAUCUCACCGUGACCGACAAAGAUGAACCGGGGACUCCAGCCUGGAAUGCUGUGUAUCGAAUUAUAUCUGGGGAUCCGACCGGACGCUUCUCCAUUCCUACUGACCCGGUCACCAAUGAAGGCCUUGUCACCGUCGUCAAGCCGGUUGAUUUUGAGAUGAAUCGAUCGUUCAUGCUGACUGUUGUCGCUGACAAUGAGGUGCCACUAGCGAGUGGAAUCCAUCGCACCCGCCAGUCCACAGCCACCGUGUCCAUCCGCGUCAUCGAUGUGAACGAAAGCCCCAACUUUGACCCCAACCCCAAACAGAUCAAACUGGAGGAGGGUCUUCCACAGUGGUCAAUGCUAACGACUUUUACAGCUCAUGAUCCAGACAGAUAUAUGCAGCAGACUAUUAGUUACUCUAAAUUAUAUGACCCUGCCAACUGGCUGGAGAUCGACCCAAACAACGGACGAAUUUCCACCAUUGCCGUUCUGGACCGAGAAUCUCCUUACGUGAAAAAUAACCUUUACAACGCCACAUUCAUGGCCUCAGACAACGGCGUGCCCCGUGCAAGUGGGACUGGUACACUGCAGAUUUACCUGUUGGAUAUAAAUGAUAAUGCACCACGCGUCUUCCCUCAAGAAGCAGAAGUGUGUGAGCGUCCCGAACCCAACGCCAUUAAUAUCACAGCUGUAGAUGGAGAUCUCAAUCCUAACGCUGGACCCUACGCUUUCGAACUGCCCAACCGUCCCUCAGACAUCCGGAGGAACUGGACACUUACCCGGAUCAGUGGCGAUCAUGCUCAGCUGAGUCUGAAAAUUAGUUACCUGGAAAGUGGCAUAUACGAGCUGCCUAUCAGCAUCACAGACUCGGGUAACCUGCCCAUGUCUAACACUACGUACCUGCGCAUUAAAGUGUGCCAGUGCGAUCAUCACGGUGACUGCGUGGACAUGGAGCGCAUCAUGGCAGCCGGGCUGGGCACCGGAGCUAUCAUCGCCAUACUUAUCUGCAUCAUCAUUCUGCUGGUGCUGGUGUUGAUGUUUGUGAUGUGGAUGAAGAGACGGGAUAAAGAGAGACAGGCCAAGCAGCUGCUGAUCGAUCCAGAGGACGAUGUGCGAGACAACAUACUUAAAUACGAUGAGGAGGGCGGCGGAGAGGAAGACCAGGACUAUGAUCUGAGCCAGCUGCAGCAGCCUGAUACUCUAGAGCCAGACAUGAUCAAGCCUGUCGGGAUCCGCCGGCUGGACGAGCGACCGAUGCACUCGGAGCCCAACUACCCCAUCCGCUCAGCCGCUCCCCAUCCCGGAGACAUAGGAGAGUUCAUCCACGAGGGCCUCAAGGCAGCCGACACCGAUCCCACGGCCCCUCCGUAUGACUCCCUGCUGGUGUUUGACUACGAGGGCAGCGGCUCCACGGCCGGCUCACUCAGCUCCCUUCACUCGUCCAGCAGCGGAGGAGACCAGGACUAUGACUACCUCAACGAUUGGGGCCCUCGCUUCCGCAAACUCGCCGACAUGUACGGAGGUAACGACGACUAGCUUACGCCAUCACCGCAGGACCACUGAACGACAAGGAAGAACCGGAGGAGGAGGAAAAUUUACAAGAAAACAAAAAACAUCAAAAAAACAGUGUGGCACUUUUUUUUUUAAAUCGCGGGACGUGGACAGUGUGCAGAAUCAAAACAAUGAAGUAAACAAUAUACCCUAGAGAGUGCGAGAAACCAAGACUGAGAUAAAAAAUUGGAAGGAAGAUCAGCAAUGGAAACAAAACCAGGUCUUUCAGAAGGCCUGCGUUGUAAUGAAGGAAUCUGCCAAGAUUUGGUUCAGUCCAGGAUUUUUUGCGCCUAAGUUUUGAAGGAUCAUCGGUACGAAACGUAUGAAGGAACGCUUCAAGAACGUUAAAUGAAUGCUAAGUUACACUUGAAUCUCACAGUACAGAAGCACUGGGAUAUUACGUGCCUUUUUGUACAUUUCUUUUCUUUCAUUUUUACAUUUUUCUUUCUUUUUCGGUCUUUGUUUAUUUGAUCUGAUGAUGUUUUACUGUUCAAUGGCUUUGGUGGCUCAGAGUUUUGAAGUGUUAUUUUAAUUCUUUUUUCAUUUACGUUGUGAGCCUGUUUAUAACAUUUACGCUCCGACAUGCUUUUGUUUGCAUUUUUCACCAUCACGCUGUUCGUUCACGUCACGUAUCAAAAUGAAGACUUUGAAAGAAUGAGAGCGGCUAGACAGAGAGAACAGCUUUGUACAGUACGCUAGAAAAUAGAUUUCAGUUUCUCAUUUUAUUUCACGUUUUUUUAUAUAUAUAUCUAUAUAUAUUUACAUUCACAAUUUUUUUCCACCGAAACGUUAACUUAUGCAGCUGGUUGCAAAAUGGGAGACGAGCAUUAUUGUUAUUAUUUGGUAGCAGAAAUUUUUUUUUUCUAUCUCUCUCUCUCUCUCUCUGCAUUUUUUUGAAGUGAUUUAGUAUUUUGCAAAUGAAAGCAUUCAAAUGUCAUCUGCCUUAGUCAUCCUGGUAUUCUUUCAUGCCUGGUAUUCUUUCAUUUUUUUACUCCACUGUAAAUUAAAUGGUGUGUACAUAGUUUUUUGUUUCAUUUCUCCUCUUUUGAUGUAGUCUACGAUGAAGAACAGGGCGUGAAGAACUUGUAUAUGUAUAAUUUGGACUACAGACAAAAGGAAUUUUUUGCAUGUUUUUAUCUUUUCCGUAUAAAACAGUCUUUCUGAAAUUUAUUUACACACAAAUAAAGAAAUGCCCACCUUGAAGGAGACUACAGCGAUUAAGUGAUACAGAAGUUUGGUCCAGAUACCCGUUGCUUUCAUCCUCCCCUUUUCAUAAGGUCACAUUCCUUUUCGGUUUUACCCCUUUUGGCCCAAUUUAUGACCUUCCGUUUGCCCAUUCUCUCAUUUCAUCUCUUGGUGUCCUUCGUCAAGGAGACCACAAUGACCAUUUCUUUUGCUACGUUCAUUGUCUUCUCCCCCCGGGCCACUUUCAUGGAUCAAAGAGGUUGACUGACGUUCAAGGCUGCAAAAUGAUCCUUCUGGAUCUUCAUGUCUGAACGAAACUAAUGGUGGACUGAAGCCCUCAUCAUAACUGUCUCUGCCUGUUAGAGAGCCGUGUGUGUGUGUGCGUGUGUGUGUGUAUCACUGGAUGCGUCAGAGAGGGCCAAUUAAAAGAGCAGGAUGGAAAGUACGAGGCCAGUCCACUCACGAGGCUCACAGCCAUAAGAUGAUUAACAGCUUUUUAAUGAACGAUGGCUGUCCAGAGUUCUGUGGGCUCUGUUUGCAAUUACUUGUUGAUAUUAUGACCCAUUGCAGCCCAAAUGACCAAUAAAAGUCUAAUUUUGGA